AAAUUUGAUUAGGGUCGGGCUCAAGCCAAAUUUACCGAAUUUGAUAAAUCCUAAAUCCGCGCAGCCAAAAAUGUCGUCGGCUCCCCCUCGCUUUCCGGAGAUCCGGAGAGACGUUGUUUUCAAUCGCUCAGUCAUCUUCUCGCCGGCGAGAUCUCGCCGCCCCUCCGAUUUCAAAUCCCACUCCCCCAACAAAUCUCCAAACCCUAACCCUAAUUAUAGCACUCCCUCCUGCCCCUUCUGCCGCGGCCGGGAGCAUGAAUGCGCCCCGGAGAUCUUUCGAAUUCCUCACGAAACCGAUCAGUGGAAGAUCCGCGUCAUCGAAAACCUAUACCCUGCUCUCCGCCGCGAACUCGAGCCGUCGGUCCUUGGCGAAGGCGCUGUGAUCGGGUUUGGGAUCCAUGACGUGGUGAUCGAGACGCCUUUUCACGGCGUUCAUCUUCCAGAUCUUUCUCAGGCGGAGGUCGGCGAGGUGGUGGUAUCGUACCGGGAGCGGGUGUGCCAGUUGGCGAAGAAUGGGUUAUUAGAGUAUGUGCAGGUAUUCAAAAACUAUGGUGCAUCAGCUGGAGCAUCCAUGACUCAUUCACACAGUCAGAUUAUUGGCCUUCCAUUUGUUCCUCCUACUGUAUCUGCUAGGUUUGAUAGCCUGAAGGAGCAUUUUGAUAAGUCCGGAAAAUGUGGCCUUUGUGAGGCUCACAGUGAGGACAUUUUGAUUAAUGAGUCUAACCAUUUUUCAGCUAUUGUUCCUUUUGCUGCAUCAUUUCCUUUUGAGGUUUGGAUUAUACCAAGAGAUCAUGCUUCAUAUUUCCAUGAUUUGGAUGAAAAAAAGGCUAUUGAUUUUGGUGGUUUGCUGAAGCUGAUACUUUCAAAACUGUCAAAGCAGCUGAAUGACCCACCAUACAACUUCAUGAUUCAUAGCUCACCAUUUCAUCUUUCACCUCCGCAUUUGCCUUAUGCCCACUGGUUCAUGCAAAUUGUUCCCCAGUUAAAUGUAAUUGGUGGUUUUGAGAUUGGAAGUGGCUGCUAUAUUAAUCCAGUCUUCCCAGAGGAUGCUGCCAAGGUCUUGAGGGAAGUAAACCUUACAACUAGUUAAAAGGAGGGGAGAUUAACCACUAGAAAGGCGCACAUUGACCUUACUAGUGAUGGUUUACACUAGUUUGGUGGUGACAAUGAGCAUCGGACUUUGUGGCGAUGACUCAUAGUGGCAAAGGGUGUGGAUGCUAUGAGACAACUUAUGUACUGAAGUUGAAAGGGUUGCCUUUUACUACUACCCCUUUUAUUUAUAUUUGGAACAAUCCUUAUGAGUUUAAUAAUUAGAGAGAAUAUUUCCCACAUGUAAAGUAUAUGCUAAGUUAAAAAGUGCAAACUUGUGAUUAACAAUGAUAUUGAUUUGAAUGAGAUUUUUUCAAAGUAUAUGAUUAGGCCUAACUCGACUAUU